AUGUCUCAGAAGGUUAUGAAAGGUACCAUUCUCUGUCUGCACGGUUUUGCCCAAAACGGCAAGGUUUUCUCCGUCAAAGCGUCGGGUAUAAGAAAAGCGUUAAAGAAGGCAGGCUAUCAUACUGUUUUCAUCGACGGUCCAAUCAAGUUGACACCGGCAGACUUGCCAUUUGCUGCAUCAAGUUUGGGUGCCGACGAUAAGGCCGAAGAAGUUGACUUUAGAGGCUGGGUCUAUACCCAACCGGAGAAAUUUGACAUUCAGCCAUCAUUGGAUACCAUCAAGAAGGCAUGGGAGGAACACGGUCCAUUUGUUGGUAUUAUGGGAUUCUCUCAGGGUUCCGGUGUUGUUGGUGCUCUCCUGUCCACGUUUGAUAAGGUGGUUGGAGAUGAAAAGGCCUUUGAACACUUGAAAUUCGCAAUCUUGUAUUCCGGGUUUAAGCUUGAAAAUCCUUCAGCCCAACACUACUACGAAAAAAAGGUAACACUUCCUACACUUCACGUCAUUGGUGAACUCGAUACACUGGUUGCCAAUGAGAGAUCUCUUGCUUUUGCAGAAAUCUGCGAAAACCACACCAUCCUCAAGCAUCCAGGUGGACAUUACUGUCCAAGUACCAAGGAUCUUCUCAAACAAGAAGUUGCCUGGGUUGAAAGUGUGCUUGCUGGCGAAGAGAAAAAGGAAGAGGCUUCCAAAGACAAAGAGGACGACGUCUCCAAGCUUGCUAAUCAGCUCGACAAUCUUGGUAAGGCUUAG